AAGUAACACGUGACCGUAAGUCUGCCAAUAGGAAUUCCCUAUGGUGUGAUGCGGGAAAUUUAGACCUGCUUGUAAAAAUUUGACUGAUAUCUUGCCCGUUCGACGUUCCAAGAAGAUUACUCACAACAUUUACUCCGUUUUUUAAAUAUAAUUUCAUCACAAGUAUGGCUGUGUGUUUAGUAGCAAUGUUCACUGAAGACCUUAUUGCUCACUUGUUAUCAAAAGGCAUCUCAAGAGAAAUUUGCGAUCAACUGAAAGAAAAUGCUAUUGAUGGGGGUACAUUGAACUUUUUGAUGCAAGACAUCGACGAAUUCAAAGCGGUCUUACCUAAAUCUGGCUAUCGAAUUCAACUAAAACAAAAAUUGGCCUUUACUUUAUCUGCGACAACAGAAAACGAAAAAAUGCCUCAGCAAAUUGUGAUGCCACAUGAUGAUGAACCACACACAUCAGAGCUAGAACCACCAAUGCCAACUGAACCACCUUUGCCAGUGGAACCACCUUUGCCAGUGGAACCACCUUUGCCAACCAUGGCAUGUGAAAGCAGUGUUGAAAGUGUGAAAGCAGGUGUUCAAAUGAAGAAACCACUCAAGAGUCCCAAACCUAUUACUAAUAGUUCAGAUGCCACAGCCCUACCAAACACUCUCCCAUUUCCUGAGAGUUUCUCUGUGCGAGUGCAGAUGGCAAUAAAAAAUGGCUCUGUUGCCCCUGAGCGAACACAGCUGAUUGCAGAUGUAGGGACCUUUUAUUAUGGUUUGUCCAGCCACCCAAAGCAAGGUGACUACAAGAGGAUUGCCAUUUUAGUGUGCGAGAAAUUCCCUGAGUUGAGAGAUUCAAUCAAGCAAGCUAUUGGAAACCUUCGGCGGCGGACAGUUAACAAAGCGAUGCAUGGACAACCCCAUGGCCAUGCAAAUGAAAGUGCAUCAAAGAAAAUAAAACUGACUGCAGAGGAUGAUGAGCAAGCUCAAAAAAGAAAUAUGGAGCUUUUGAAAAAAGCAAAACCUGCGGAGGAAAUUAUCGAAAAUCAAGCUACAUCUUCUACAGAGGUCUUGGAGGAAUGUCCAUAUCUUGGUCAUCCAAAUGUUGUAAGAAAAGAAGUUAGCAGAAUCAUUGGGCAGAAAAAUUGGGAAAAAGAGGCUGAAAAGAAGUUGGAGACUGCAUUGAAAGCUGUCAUACAAAUUAAGGAUAAGGAAUGUGAAAUGAGAAGUGAACAGGUUGUGGAGGCUGUGGAGCAAAUUGAGAGAAAGACAAAAAGGAACAAAGGAACAACAACAAGUGUUCUAAAAUUCAAAGAUCCUGCAUCCACCAUGAGACCAGAAACCUUGUUCAAAGACAAGAAUGUCGAGUUUCGCUUGGUUGUGAUUGGGUCUCCUGAGGAGGUCAACCAAGUUUUUGUGGCAGGUGAAGACCAGUCAUUUAUUGAGAGUGAAGGUAUACUCCAAGGUUUGAUCGACCUGCUUUGUUGUUACUAUGCAUAUCACGUCUCCUACCCUGAAAGUAUGGAAGGAUGCUUGCUUUUCCUACAAGACAUUCUUUUGCCAACAAAUGAUGGCAACUACAGAGGAACAAAAUUUUCCUCAUUUAUGGCAAAGGUGCACCAAGGAAUUAAGGACAAUUCUGAUUAGAACAAUUUAUACAUGCCUGGACAUUCAUGCUUAUAUUAUAUGCAUGCCAUAUAUUUAAGGCAAAUUAUUAUUAAGGCAAAUUUUCCAUAUGACUUUUAAAUAUUUGUUGUGAAUAUAUGUAAGUGUUUUCUUGUAUGAUAAUGUUUUCUAUUUUUAAUACAUAUUUCACUGUUUAUGGACAAACUGUUCUGACUAUUCAUUCUAUUUAGAUAAUUGCCCUAGGCAAUUUGAUCUUGUGUGUUGGGUAGCACACCUUAGUGUGUUCCAAAACACACCUUGCACCACCUAGCAGUAUGUGUCUUGGAACACACCAAAGUUGUGUAGGAAAACACACCAAAGUUGUGU